CAUUUCUUCUCCCCUCAAACUCUCUCUCUCUGAAACUCUCUCUCACGCCACCAUGCCUGAGGAUCCUUCAGACUCCAACCUCUCUGAGCUAAACAAAAAAGCUCUUCAGUUCAUUGAGGAUGUCACCUCCAACGCCGAUCUAAUCCAGAACAAGGUCCUCACCCAAAUUCUCUCCCAUAAUGCCAAUGUCGAGUACUUGCAGAGACACGGCCUCGAUGGCCGUACCGACCGCCAAACUUUCAAGAAACUUGUUCCCGUCAUCACCUACGACCAUAUCCAAUCCGACGUCAACCGCAUCGCCAAUGGCGACACCUCUCCUAUCCUUUCCUCCCAUCCCAUUUCUGAGUUCCUCACCAGCUCUGGGACGUCUGGAGGAGAGAGAAAGCUGAUGCCUACGGUUGAAGAAGAAGGAGAAAGAAGGAGUUCGCUUUAUAGCCUGUUGAUGCCUGUGAUGAGCCAGUUUGUGCCUGGCCUGGAAAAAGGCAAAGGAAUGUACUUGUACUUCAUAAAAUCUGAGGCCAAAACUCCCGGAGGCCUCUUGGCUCGUCCGGUUCUCACUAGUUAUUACAAAAGCUCUCAUUUUAAGAAUAGAUCACUUACCGAUCCCUACGCUAAUUAUACCAGUCCGAUUGAGACCAUCCUUUGUCCUGAUUCUUACCAAAGCAUGUACUCCCAAUUGCUCUUCGGUCUCUGCCAAAACGAUGUCGUCCUUCGGGUUGGUGCUGUUUUCGCGUCUGGCUUCAUUCGGGGAAUUCGUUUCCUCGAGAAACACUGGGCCCUUCUUUGCCAUGACAUUAGAACAGGAACACUUAACCCCCAGAUCACAGACAUUAGCGUGCGAGAUUCUGUCAUGAAGAUCCUGAAACCCGACCAGAAUCUCGCCGAUUUUAUCCAGUCUGAGUGUAGCAAAAAUUGUUGGCAGGGGAUCAUCCCCAGGUUGUGGCCCAACACUAAGUAUGUCGAUGUUAUUGUGACAGGGACAAUGUCACAGUACAUUCCCACACUGGAUUACUACACCAAUGGCCUCCCACUUGUGUGCACCAUGUACGCUUCCAGCGAGUGCUACUUCGGACUCAAUCUCAACCCUCUUUGCAAACCCAGUGAGGUCUCUUACACCCUCAUCCCAACCAUGGCCUACUUCGAAUUCCUUCCUGUUAACAGAAGCGAUGGACUCACCGAUUCUCUUCCUCACCCCACGUCUCACGAUGAACAAGAGUUAGUGGAUCUCGUCGAUGUUAAGCUUGGCCAAGAAUAUGAGCUCGUCGUCACAACCUUCGCCGGGUUAUAUAGGUACAAAGUGGGAGACGUGCUGAGAGUGGCUGGAUUCAAGAACAAGGCACCCCAGUUCAACUUCAUAUGCAGGAAGAACGUGGUUCUGAGCAUUGAUUCCGAUAAAACAGAUGAAGUUGAGCUUCAGUACGCAAUGAAGAAUGCUGUGACCCAUUUGGCUCCGUUUGAAGCUGCCUUGGCUGAGUACACUAGCUACGCAGAUACAAAGACAAUCCCAGGGCACUAUGUCUUGUACUGGGAGCUCAACCUCAAUGGGACAACUCCGAUUCCCGCGUCUGUGUACGAGGAUUGCUGUUUGACCAUUGAAGAAUCGCUCAACAGUGUGUACCGUCAAGGACGUGUGUCGGACAAAUCAAUUGGGCCACUUGAGGUUAAGAUUGUGGAACAGGGGACGUUUGAUAAACUCAUGGACUAUGCCAUUAGCUUAGGAGCAUCCAUCAACCAGUACAAAACUCCGAGGUGUGUCAAAUUUGCACCUGUUGUGGAGCUGUUGAACUCGAGGGUAGUGGCAAGCUACUUUAGCCCCAAAUGUCCGAAGUGGGUUCCGGGACACAAGCUAUGGAUCAAUCAGAAUUGAGGAUGUAAACAAGCCUAUCCGAUCUGUUCUUGUAAUGGGAAAAGUUGAUGACUUUUUUCUUUCAUUCCAUGUUAAAAGACGUCUUUAGCCCGCACUUUUUUUUUUCUUUUUUUCUUUUUUAAUCUUCUUCUUCAAGCUUUAGUGUUUGUGUUACAUUUGCAUUGUCCAGAACUUAGCCAUUGUAAAUAGCAGCAAGUUAUUGACUUU